GUGUUCGAAACGCCCGCCCCGCGAUUCUCGCCUGACCAAACGCGACACGGAGCUCCACACUGACCGUUGCCUCUCAAACUGAAGACUGUACUAAAGAGAAAAGAUUUGUGGUGGACUGCAGGAUCUUGCUAUGUGGAGAUACAUCUCAUUCAUCGCUUUUUGAGGCAUGAUACACUUGUAUUCAUCAACACACGAGCAAAAACCCAGAACAACUGUGAAGCCCAGAAUCUUUUACCACAUAUGCAGCCGAGGUUUUCAGGAAUUGGAGUCAUGCAUAUUUUCAGCUCACAUUUAUCUUCACAGAAUCUUUUUGGAUAUGAACAAAGACCGAUGGCCAAAACGGGACAUAGCUGAAUGCGUCUGCCUUUUGAGAAACUGUGCAAAAAAACUUUCCACUCAACUGCGGUUUUUAUUCUAAAGGGGGAUACGUGUAUAAUUUGCUUUCUUACGGUGUUCUCGCCAUUUUUUUAAACAAAAUUUGUGGAUUUUUUUUCUGAUUCUGGAAACGUGCUUAUUGUACCCGGAGAAGCCAUGAACUUGGGCAAGCUCACCGGCCUGAAGGGCCUGGUUUCUCACUCCUCAGGAAAGCGUCGAUUUAAAGGUGAACUCACCCCAGACAUGAUCAGCCCCCCUUUGGGCGACUUCCGCCACACCAUGCAUGUGGGCCGUGGAGGGGAUGUGUUCGGGGACACCUCGUUCCUCAGCAACCAUGGUGGAGCAGGAAAUAACACAGACGGAGACUCUUGCACUUCAGAGAAGAAUGAGGGAUUCUUCUCCCGCACGCUUCGCCGUGUCCGCAAGACCCCCGAAAGGCCCCGCGGCAGCUCCAAGGACCUUUCACCCCCACCUCCACCCAUUUCUCCAAUCAUAAAGAAUGCCAUAUCCCUCCCCCGGCUGGACGUGGACUCACCCAACGGCUUUCCUGUCAAAGUGCUUUUCCCUAGUCCACCCAAAACAUCAGAGACCUCCACAUACUUGUACGGUUUGGAGUCUGGCUUUGUAACCUUGCCGAGACUGUCCCGCACUGAGCAUCCAGCCCAGGGCAGUUCUCCAUCAGCCUGCCAGCCUGAAAUCCACAGAGGCUCGCUCACAGACACGGGUAUCCCGUCCUUCCCCUGUUCAGACUCCAUCAGUCCUUCUGACUCCAUGAACUCCUUCACUCUUGACCUGGGCCCUUCCCUAAUGUCUGAAGUCUUUGCCGUGAUUGACAGCCCUGUGUGUGAGAAGACUGAUCCCAUCAGCGAAAAAACACAGUCCACCAAUGAGAACUCUGAGGUGGACUCGGACCCAACCACAUCUUUGGUGGACUCUCUCCUGAGAGAAGACUAUGACGGUAGGACACGGUUGUAUGGAGGAGAGUGGAAGAAUUCAGACUUUGUAAAUGGUGAGUCACCCAAAAAAUCCAUGCUGGGGGAUCAGAUGCGCCCAGUCUUCAUUGAGGAUCACGGCAUGAAGCCGGAGAGUUUCCAGAGGGCUGCUGAUGUGCUGGCACGUCAUUAUGGGAGUGGAGGACUCAGGAAUACAAACAACAACAACUCUCAUAGGAGAGGACCAUACAGCUAUCCUGAUGAAGAGGAAGAAAUCAAAGUCUAACACUACCAGAUGCCUAACAUCCAAAUCGUACAGCAAUUUUAAAGGGAUACUUUAAAAGUCAAAAAUGAACAUUCUGUCAUAAUUGACUCGUGAACCAAAUCAAUUCUGGUUCAGUUUUCAACGAAUCAUCCAGACUGGUUUUCUGUAUAUGAUAAACUGAUUCAUUUAAAAGA